CUUCAAUCAAUAAGUGCUUUGUGUCUAUUAUUGACCCUCUUGGUAUACAUUUGUAUACCUGAGCUUCAAAAUUUACAUGGAAAAACAUUGAUGUGUCAUGUGGGAACUCUCUUUGUCGCCUAUACGUGCCUUGCGAUGAUAAAUUUUGAUGUUGCAAAAAGUCAGAAUUUGGCAGAAAACGAAAACCCUACAAAUAAAAUCAUGUGUGCAACUAUGGGUUACAUGCUGCUGUUCGCUUUUAUCUCCACGUUCUCAUGGCUCAACAUCAUGUGCUUCGACAUAUGGUGGACGUUCGGAAAUAAGAGGACACCUAGCGGUGUUUCCAGAAAUCGAAAACAAAGAAACAAAUUUAUUGCUUAUUGUUGUUACUCUUGGGGCACUGCUCUUGCAAUAACUUCUCUUUGUAUCUUGGUGGAUUCCACUGAUAUUUUGAGUGUCACGAGACGGCCCAACAUUGGAAGAGAUAGAUGCUGGUUCCAACAUGGACUAGGUGCUACCGAGCUUAUUUUUUUCACUGGACCAGUCACAUUGCAGCUGACGGUAAAUUUGCUUUUUUUUAUUCUGACCUCAAAGAAUUACAAUAAAGUGAAAACCCAGAUAAGAAAGGUAUUGACAGACCCUACAGACCAGAGGAAUCAACGAUUUCAAGGUGAUAGGGAAAAAUUAAUCAUGAACGUGAAACUGUUCAUCGUGAUGGGAAUAUCGUGGAUAUGCGAAGUGAUAUCAAACUACCUGAACUACUUUUUACCAUGGUUGUUGGAAUACAGGAUCUUUCUGGUCUUCGAUAUAAUUAAUUGUCUUCAGGGUGUCUUCAUAUUUGCACUUUUUACAUUAAAAAAAAAGUUGUACAAUGCUUUACGACGGAGAUUUUUGACGGGAAAUGAUAAGGGCUCUGUGAGCAAUACGGAACAAUUUUGCUGAAUUGAAGUUAUUUUCUUAUUUUAAGAAGAUUUCUAAAUGUAAGGUGAAACCUUUUCAAGUAUUAUUUUUACUGUAAACUAUUACUUGCAAGGAAUUGAGUUUGAUGAAAAAAUGACAGUGGACUUCUUUAUUAGGGUAGGUCGAAACAAAAUUGAAAAUAAAACAGACUAGCGCAGGGUAGCCGCUGGUCCGGGAAGUCGGGAAAUGACCGGGAAUUUUGUGUGACCGGGAAAACCCGAGAAAUGACAGUGAAUUUAUUUUUUGAUCGGAAUAAUUGAUUUUACGAGAUGUUUUGGACUCAAUUCAAAAUUUAAGAAUUUCCAUAUUUUAACGUUAAAAAUUAAAUUGUUUCAAUUGGAAUUUCGAAAUCCUUAGUGCAU